AUCAAAUUCAAAAUGGCGUCGGAUAUUUAAUCGUAAGUCGUGAAAACUCUUGGUGGUUUCUUUGGCCCUGUCUUACAGUUCGCGAUGUUUUGGGGGGUCACUCUUGAUUCUGGGAAACGUUACACCCAGACAGUGGAAAAGUCAUUCCACUUAUCAAUGGCUGCUCUGGGCUUUCAGAACUGUUCAUCAGUGCCAGUGACAAUAAUGGUUGAAGUGGAUAAAGCUCAGUUUGCAUUGUGCACACUGCAGCCUGGCAAAAUUCCACAACAGCCUUUAGACUAUUGUUUUACAGAAGGAGAAGAGAUAACUUUCUUUACAGAAGGCCCCGGGGAUGUACAUUUAACAGGUUAUUUAGUGGAUGAACCAAAUGCUGUGGAAUUUGAAGAAUCAGAUGAGGAAGUAUCGGCAGGAAGUGAAAAAUCUGCAAGCAACUCUGAUUCAGCUGAGGAUGAUGAUGAAUCAUCCAGUGAGGAAGUGACUCUUGGAGACUUAUUUCAAAGUGGAGAUUUGAUCAGCAGUGAUGAUGAUGAUGAGGAUGAAGAGAGUGCAGAUUUGGACUGGGAUCCAUCAAAGGAUAAUCCAAAGAGGAGAAAACCAAGUAAGAAAAGGAAGAAGAAAAAACAGGCUGAGAAUUUGGAUGAAAACAAUAUUAUAUCUCUGAUGGAUGUUGAACAAACUGAAGUAACUUUGUCAAAUUAUAGUAUGCAUGGUGAAAAUGAAGGCAGUAAUGGAGGGCAAAAAAAUACUAAAUCUGAAAUUGAACUCAGGAAGAAAGAAGGAAACAAGAAAAAGAGGAAAGUGGUUGAAACAGAAAAUCAGACAGUUGAAAAUGGACUUAAACCAGCUAAAAAACUGAAGAAGAAAGGAAAAAAAUCUCAAUUAAACUCACCAAACAGUGAUGGCAAGACAGAAAAGUCAAAAACUCAAGAAAAUAGCAGUGAGCAGACUUCAUUAGGUAGUAACUUGCUUACAAAAAACAGUGACACUCAAGUUAAACAAGUAACACAAAUAAAAAGGGGAAAGGAGACACAACCAAGUCCUGGGAAACAGAGUGGUCAACCACAAACCACCUUGCAGGCAAAGAGGAAAACGCUACCAGGAGGAACUGUGUUUGAAGACAUUAAAAAAGGGACAGGACCAAUGGCCAAAAGAGGACAGAUAGUUCAUGUAUAUUAUAAAGGAACUUUAGCAAAGAACAAAAAGCAGUUUGAUGCUUGUCUGAGUGGACAGCCACUUUCAUUCAGAGUUGGUGCAGGACAGGUCAUACAAGGCUGGGAUCAGGGUGUCACUGGAAUGCAAGUAGGUGGGAAAAGGAGAUUGAUAGUACCUCCAUCACAAGGAUAUGGUCAUGAAAAGAUAGGACCAAUUCCACCCAACAGUACGUUGGAGUUUGAAGUUCAACUUGUGAAACUGCAGUAAUAUAAUUAGCCAACUGUGAUGUACUACUGUUAAGCAAAUCUGUCUCCUACAUUUGCAAACUGAGACCAUUUCCACAAAUUAGUACGUUGGAGUUUGAUGGUCUACUCAUGAAACCACAAUAAUAUACUAUCAGUACUUAUAAAUUGCCUAAGACAUGCUACUGUCAAGUAAAAAUGUGCCUACGUUUACAAACUAGUAUUGAAUAACACUGGCAUGUAAAGGAUUCUUGUACCAAAAUUAACACAUCUUGGGUGUGCAUAAUAAUUUCUUCUUGACCUCAAACCAUUAACAUUCUGCAAGAGGAGCAUCUACACUGGUUACCAGUAUUUUAGAAUAAGACUGCUUCUUUAUCAGUUCAGAGCCAAGCUGCAGAAAGCCGGGGGAAGGACCAGUUCAUGUCAUUAGUUUUAGCUCAAUUUAAUUUUAUCAGAUAAUUCCAUUUUUAAAUAUUAUUCCUGUGCAAGACUCAUGAUUGAAAAUGUUACCUGUCAUAUAUUCUCACAAAAAUUAGUUAUCAUGUCUUCUUUAAAACAUUUAUUUGAGCUUUGAAACUUCUUAUUGCACAUGUACUGUUCUAAUAUUUUUCCUAAAUAAAGAGUAUGAGGGACAUUUUAUUAGUUGAUUAAAAAAUUUGAUAAAUGAGUGUCCUAAAUUACACAGACAAAAUUUUUAGAUUUUAUGAAGAUAAUGUCCUUUGAACAUUUUUCCCAAAAGCUUUUUGUUAAACAUGAUUUCAAAGUACUGUCAAAAUAGCUUCCUAUUGCCAAUCAACUUCUUGACCACAACUUGAGUUGGUGUUGUAUUUUAAACUUAUUUAAUGUAAUUGGCAAAAUUUUCUAUCUCUUGGUUCUUAUAUCCAACCAUGGAGAGGUUACUGAUGCCAUUGUUCAGUAGAUUCAAAUCAUCAAAGCUGGUGAGGCUUGUUAGCGUAGAUUGAUGAUACUGUCACAUUGAUGUUGUGAUAACUGCUAACAGCUAAAAUUAAAAAUAACCCCAUUCUCAA